GGAGUGAGCUGCGAGUCUCACUGACACACUGGCCGCAGUACUGAUAGGAGCACAGCGCGGCUGGGGUCCGGCUCUUUGGCUAAUCUGUACCAUUUGCGCUGUUCGGCAACGAUAUCACCCAGGGGGGUGGGUUUAUAUUCUGUGCACGCGUCUCGGAACACGGACAUAGGCGCGCGCCCUUCACUUCCUUGCACCCUGCUGAUGCAUUUUGGACAUUUCGGCGCUUGUGUUCUGCAUGCCUGAUCGUGUGGAUGACAAGGAUGCUGAAGUAAAUACGAGGUGCAUUUGGGAAUGAGAUAACAGACGGAAUAGGGGACACGGAAGCGAAAAUGCGAGGCAGCGGCGGAAGCGGCGCGCGCGGUGCAGGUGGAUGGCCGACCUGAUGCUACACAGAGCAAGAUAGAGACACCGACAAGCAGACAGAGAGAGAGUGAGUGAGAGUGUGUGUGUGUGUGUGUGUGUGAGAGAGAGAGAGAGAGAGAGAGAGAUCGUAUGCUGUAGUGCUGCCAUGCUAUACUAGCCGGGUGUGUAAGUCGCGAGCUGUGAUCGCCAUGCUGCCCGGGGUCGGUGUGUUCGGCACGAGCCUGACAGCGCGGGUGAUCAUCCCGCUGCUGAAGAGUGAGGGCUUCUCCGUGGAGGCGCUGUGGGGCCGUACGCAGGAGGAGGCCGAGGAGCUGGCCAAGGAGAUGGACGUGCCCUUCUACACCAGCCGCAUCGACGACGUUCUUCUGCACCAGGAUGUGGAUCUGGUGUGCAUCAAUCUUCCGCCGCCGCUCACCCGACAGAUCGCCGUCAAAACACUGGGAAUUGGCAAGAAUGUCAUCUGUGACCGCACGGCCACACCGCUGGAUGCCUUCCGAAUGAUGUCAGCAGCGCAGUACUACCCCAAGCUGCUGAGCAUUAUGGGUAACGUUCUGCGCUUUCUUCCGGCUUUCGUGCGUAUGAAGGAGCUGCUUGAGGAAGGCUACGUGGGAGAACUGCUGGUCUGCGAGGCACAGGUCCACGGCGGCAGCCUCUUGGGCAAGAAAUACAACUGGAGCUGUGACGACUUGAUGGGAGGUGGAGGACUUCACUCUGUGGGCAGUUACAUCAUCGACCUGCUUACGUUCCUGACCAGCCAGCGUGCCAUCAAGGUGCACGGCUUCCUCAAGACUUUCAUUAAACAGACAGACCACAUCAAGGGCAUCAGACAGAUCACCAGUGACGACUUUUGCACUUUUCAAAUGGUGCUGGAGGGUGGAGCCUGCUGCACGGUGACGCUCAAUUUCAACGUGCCGGGUGAGUUCCGGCAGGAGGUGGUUGUGGUUGGAACGGCUGGACGGCUCACGGUGAGUGGCACGGACUUGUAUGGACAAAAGAAUAGUGGCAUGGGAGGCCGUGAGUUGCUGCUCAAGGACAGCACACCUUUAGGCAAUGCCUCGCUGCCUGACAAGGCCUUCAGCGACAUCCCUACGCCCUACCUCACUGGCACCAUCUGCAUGGUCCAGGCGAUACGGCAGGCCUUCCAGGGCCAGGAGGAUCGGCGGACUUGGGACGGCCGGCCGCUCACCAUGGCCGCCACAUUUGAGGACUGUUUGUAUGCUUUGUGUGUGGUGGACACAAUCAAGAAGUCCAACCAGUGUGGCGAAUGGCAGAACAUCGUAGUGAUGACCGAGGAACCUGAGGUCAGUCCAGCCUACCUGAUCAGUGAGGCCAUGCGACGCAGCAGGAUGUCACUGUACUGCUAGAGCUACUUGAGUGAUGACUGAAUAAAUGUGAAAGGAAUUUGGAAAUAAAUGACUGAAAUUUAAGCUGGAAUUAAAACAAAGCCUACUGAAUAUCAUGGUUAUAAAUUGAAGGAUCAGGAAUGCAAACAGCAGUAUACUCUCUGCAUUCUUUGAACACCACUGUUUCUGGAUUAAAUUACACUGGAUUUACGGAGGAUGAGUGUACAGCAGAUAUUUUCAACACUGGAGAACACCAAUUAAAAAAAAAAACAUUGGUCUGUCCUCCUUGCAUGGUGAUGAAUGUGCAAACCCAAUGGGUUGUCCUGUGUAUGUGUCUUCUGUGUGAGUGUGUGUGUGUAUGUAUGUGUGUGUGUGUGUGUAGAACAUUACAAAAAUCAAUAGUUUGGCUGGUAGGCCUUUUAGAGAGGAACUCCCCUCUGGUUAAUUACGCAAUAAAUCUGCCUAGAUAUGCUUGUGUCUGAAAUACAAAGGAAUGGCUUGUUUUUUAGCUGUGUCUGCAGAGGAUAGUGUAAUCCCAGCAUGCUAGCACAAGUCUACCGUUCCUUUACGUUUUAGGCACAAAUUUUGUUCUUCUGAGCUUAUAUGAAGCUGGCCAGCUUGUUACUGAGCUUAAUGUAUCCAGCGUUUGAUGCAAAACCAAACCAGUCUUGCAUGCAAAGACAAAAGCUGUGAAUCACAUCUCAAACAAUCAGCAGUGGCCUCUGGUUAGCACAGCGUGGGUAGGUGUUCCAGCAUGCAGCCGCCUGCACUGUUACAGCAUUGCACUUGAAAAUAAUGACUAUAAUUAAGACCUAAGCAAACAAGUGGUAUAUGUGGCAGACAUACAACAUGGAGCGAAAUAGUAAACACCCCUGCUGUUUUACAGAUUCAUGGUCAGCAUACACUAAGUGUCAUUGAGUUGUUACAUGGCAGAAACAGUUAAAUGAACAAUAUACUGUAUAUAAAUAAUACAUCCUUGUGUCAUAAUUAGAUUUUCUUGCACAUUGUUGAGGGCUAGACACAGUGAUUAUAAGCCUAAAAAAUAUGUAUACCAAAAUAUGUUCCAAACAAUGCAAAAAUCCCUACGCAAUGCUUAGUGCUGUCUCGACCACCACAUGAGCUACAUUUCUAGUGCAUAAUUGUCUACCAUAUUCACUAUUAGAUAAUGAUUACAUCAAUUUAUUUCUAACAUUGACCUACAAGCCAAAAGAUUGAUUUUUUUUAUUUGUUUUGGUUUAUUUAGGCAUUGCUAAUAUAUUACAAAGCUCUAAUAUCUAUCCUGCUGUUUCCUUUUCCUGUUUAUGUUCCAUUUUGGUAAUGUACCACUUCAGGCAUGACAUGGGUGGUAUAAAAGGGUAAGACGUAACUGGUCAUAACUGGUGGUAAAAAUCACCAACGUAAUGCAAAGACACCACAGGAUUAGUAGCAAGAGCUAAUUCCUGUCACUGUGUUAUUUUGUACAGUCUAACGUCACGCCGCUUGUGAUGCAACGAAAUGAAAGUUCUUGGCCGAAAACUGAAAAAUUGCUAGAUUUUAUAACAUUGGCUUUUUCACGCUAUAAAAAAAUUUUAUUUGUUUAUUUUUUCUUAUUAUUUAUACUUAAAAAUAAAUCUUAAUUGAAGGCCUAUAAUGUUAAUAAACUAUAAUCACUAGCAUUGAAAUUGUUACACAUGCUUGAAACCGUGAUGCACACAUGUAGUGCAAACUGAGCAGGUCAUAAAUCAGCUACAAGUUCAGGGUUGCCAGAUUGGCCGCAGUUUACUAGAAAUCACCCUGGACAUGUAACAUAUGAAAAAUUACAACUACACACCCACGGACAAUUUCUUUAGGCUCACAAUGAUUAUUGAAAUUUCAGGGGUUGCAUUUGGUAAGAUUGGGGAUCUUUCCUAACCUGGCAACACUGUACAAGUUUCUGAUACAGUUUUUACUGCAUAAUCUUAUUUCUAGUGUUGUAUUUUAAAAUGCUGUAUUUAAAAAAAUAAAUAAAUCCAAUAAAUAAAUCCAUUUCUGUUAACUUUUCGCAGCGUUUGUACUCUUUCGUCUGAGAACAGGACGUGUUGUGCUCGAGCGUUUUCGGCCAAAAAUUUUCAGUGGGUGAAAUUUCUAGUACUACUGUAAUAAAUAUUACAACCUUUAUUCAACUGUUUGAAAAGUGUCAUGGUAAAUGAACUGUCAGAAAAAUUUAUUUUGAGAAUGUUGUUUUGUCAUUUUGUCGAGUGUGAGAUUUUCUUUUUCUUUUUAAGCUGGCUGUGAAAAAACAUCUGCUGUACAUAACUACAUCCAUUUUUAUACAUGCUAUGCGUAAUAUAGACAUAUUUAUUUUUGCCUUUUGGAUGUUUUACGUUGAAGUAGGUAUUCUGUGUCUUGUAUGAGAGGUGCAUUGACGCCUUUGGUUUAGACGCUUCUCCAAGAGAGGUACAGCACUUCCACUGUGAUGCUACUGUCCAUGUGUGACCAAAAUCAGACUUUUUUAAAAAAUCUUUUUUUCCAGUUUCAUAGCUGGUAAUUUACGCAUUAUGGUUAUAUGAGACUACACAGGAGGCUUGGCAUGAAAAUCAUCUCUGGAUGUGCAUAUUUAUAAUAUUCGCUUCCUAAAAAUGCCUCUUUCCUCCUCCUCUACCUGAUAUUUGUGCUUGCGUGCAUGCUAUUCUUAUAAUCCUAAACAGACGGAUACUGUUUCAGUCGACCAGUUUCAGUGACCUUUCACCUCCUUCUCUAAAUCAUGUACAUCCGCUCCACUCGAUUUGACAUCUAUAGAUUUUUUAGAAUGAUUUUUAAACUGGGAAAUGAUUUCAUUUCAGGGAUCUCAUUACGAAAAGAAGGACGGAUGCCCUGCAGCUUGCAUUCGCUCGGCUUUCUGUUUAAUUACACGUCCCUACAGGUCACGGCUCCAGUUCACUUCACUAAUUGAUCUGAUGAUCACAAAUCAUGUUUUCUCAGAGCAGAAACAAGCUGCAGCAUUUUAGCUAGCAUAGAGCCUGGGAUAAAGACCUUGCAAUUGCAACUAUUAUUGAUACCUUGCAAAUACGAGUAACUAUCAUGAAAACAGCUUGGGACGAUAUGCGGGUGUGGUUUAUGAAGUAAGAUCUCCGUUAAAAGACACAGUAGGAGCAUGUUCGUUAUAAAUCAGACGCUGGAUUACAAAAAGGAUUACAAAAUGAAAUCUGAUUCAAUUUGAUAUCAGAAGAGACUGAUAUCAGAAAAGCUUGAUGUUAUCUGAGUUCACCUGAGGCAUCCUUUCAGAUUUUAUUCCUCAAAUAUCCAGAGAUGAUUCCUGCAGUGAAAUGUAAAAAGUUUUUAAAAUGAUUAUUUAUUUAUUUAUUUUUUAACGGGACAGAUCUUAUCACCAGUAAUGAUGUCUUUGGGAAUGAGAUAAAUGAAAAGAUUAUGUUGCUUUGUAAUUCGAAUAUGGUUUACAUUGUCUCCACCUUCAAGCUCUGUCCUCGUACAGCUGCUGUAGUAAUCCAGUUAUGCAAAUAGCAUAAUAUUACAGAUUGCAGAUGUAAGUGUGAUGUUAUUGCGUCCUGAUGAGUUUUCGCCUCAAAAAUACCAUACUUGUGAUUACAAAUCUGUUAUGUUGCCAGUUAUUGCUAUGCUCUUACUGAACUUGUAAGAAAUAAUUCAAAAAAGUUGUUAAACAUUACAUCUGUGUACGUUUGAAGUGUGUAUAUGUCUGCUAGCAUUGCUGUUGUGUAAGAGUUGUGUCUAUCCUUCUCUUUAUGUAGCAUUAGCAAACACAUUGAGAAAGAAGGUGGGGGUUGGGGCACGCUAAAAAGGCCGAGACUCAACGGUCCGGCUUUUGGCCACACUUCAACAGGACACGCUCGGCUUUCAAAACCGAUUCUGGCGAACAAAGCUUUGAUGGAAGGGUGAGAAGGGUGAUUUGGAGAGAAAAAGUGAAUCCUUUGACCCGUCCCUGAGAAGCGAUAAAUGCGUAGCCUUCCCACUCAGAAUGAUAAAUGCUCACAUGGUCCUGUGUAGGAUGGGUUAGUGCUAUUGUCAUGGUUGACUUUUCCUCUGUGUUGCAUAAGAUUGCUGUGUUUAAAGAGUAGAGAUGAUACAGAGAUGGGCAUCACCUUUAAUUGCCGUCGGGAUAGAGAGGGUGUUGGUGUGCUCCUACUGAGAGCGGCCUGCUUCAGUAUGAAAAGACUCCCAGCUCAAAGAAGAGCUUCUUCUGCUGCCUCAGACAGUAUCCUAGCAACCGAAUACCGCUGGGUGAAACCAGCCUUAUCUUACAUGUUUUCUGCUCUCCUUUUCUCCUCCGAAGACGGAGGCACUGAUUUGCAUGGUAGACUUCCAGUUAUCUAUCUUUAAUAUGAUGUUUUCGCUUUAUUAUAAUAAUUUAAAAUAACGCUUGAGACAUUUACUGAUAUUAACAAAGGCCAAAGGGUAUGCACUAUUAUCCUGUAUGCUCACAGUCAUUAUAACACCACUGGGAGACUAUAAAUUGGUCAGAUGGAAAAAAUAGUGAUGCAGAAACACAUUUUUACGCACUUAAGUCUAAAUCUGGAACAUUUUAUAGGUUUACUUUUAGGAUUGUCUCUUUGGGGCGUUUUAUGCAGAGCCCAUACAGCAAAGUUGUAUUCAUUGUUAAGUUUUUAUUCGCCUGUUUGAUUCGUUAACUUGAAUUAAGUGGGCUUAAAUUAAACCUUAAUAACUAAAAAAAAAAACAAGUAGGCUUGUAAGUAAUAUCAACUUGGACCUGUUCUGUCUAUAGAAUGUUUAGGAUAAAAAGCCCUCCAUUAAAUAGGCAGAAUAUUAUUGUACAUAUUUGAAUAAUGAGAGUAAUAUUUGAAGCUUUUCUUUUUAUUUACAACUGGGUUGGCAGCAAAACAUUUUUAGAUCCUUCCUCAGCAUGUUUUUAAUGUAAGUUGUCAAGCUGAAUAAAACUCCCUGGAUAAAGAUAACUGAAACCAUCAUAAAUCACAAAUUCAGACAAUCAUUUAAGCACUUUGAAUGUCACUAUGUACCCUGAUAAAGCACAAAAAAGGGUUGAUUCUUAGGCCAUGGAGAUGGUGCUGAUCAGGAAAAGUGUACAAACCGAAUGCUGCGCCCGAAAUGCAAAAAAAGUCUCAGCCAUAUGAGGUUAAUGGUAGUUAAUGAACUAAUCGACUCACUGAAAUACCCCUGAGUGUGGUGUUAAAGAUACAGAGCUUUGGGAUGAAUCAGUAAGAACACUGAGCUUUUGUAUGGCAUGUCAUUCCACCUGACCCUACUGUUCUCCUCACCACUAGAGGUCAGCAUGAUCGUGUAAAACGUUAUUUGUCAGUGGAAUCCAUCCAUUGUUAUCAUAUCUCACAUACACACAAGAGACAAUUGAGAAAUGAGUGGUUCUUGUGCUUUCUGUUUUCUUCAAGCUGCUUUGUUUUCUUCAAGCACUUGAAGAAAACAGGUAAUUUAUUUGGUAAUGUUUAAGUGACAGAAAUUUCUGGCAUGCUGUGUUUUGUUUCUCCAAGUUGUCACAUAUACAUUACAGCACAGUGAAAUUCUUUCGUCACAUAUCCCUUCCUUGGAGGUUGGGGUCAGAGCACAGGGUCAGCCAUGAUACAGUGCCCCUGGAGCUGAGAGGGUUAAGGGCCUUGCUCAAGUGCCCAACAGUGGCAACUUAGCAGUGCUAACCCCUGAUCUUCCGGGCAAUGACCCAGAGCCUUAAUCACUUGAGCUCCCAUAAUACACAGUAAAACAGUAAAAUAACACAACUAAACUGACUGUCAAUAAACUAUGCUUGCACUGAAAUACGCCUUGUAAUGUUAGAAGCCUGUAGGCCAUGUAAACACCACUGUUUCUCAAACUGAGGACCGCAAUUUUAUACCAUUUUUUUCCAGUGUUAAAAUUCACAACUCACCAUUAUCAACACUUUUAUGUUCAUGAUUCAGUUAUUAUAGUUAUCAGCCUGGUCACUUUAAUUCAUUACAAUCCAAACACCAGUAACCAGUAAAUAAAAUGGCUUUUUUUUUUUUUUGUCUGUGAAAAGCCCAGGAAUAAAAUGCUCUAAAAAAUAAAAGGUAAGGUUAAAGGUUCCACUCAUUAAUAUAUCUGAAUAAAUCUGGACUGGGUAUUCAUAGAGAUUUUUUUAACAGUUAAAUGGGUCCAAGGCUUCAAAGGAUUUGAGAACCCCAGACCUAGACAGACAUUCUUGGAAAGUACACCUGGCUAACACUUAUUUGACUAUUCAAAUGUGUGACGCAAUUCUGUCCAGGAACCAUGUGCAACUCGCACAUUUCCUCAUCACCACAGGUGGCUAGACGAGUCCAACACUUUUUAAGAAAGCAUUCAUUUUGUAGCCUCUGUGGCCUCCGUCUCAGAGAUUUGUUUGUGAAAGCUGCCUUUGUAUUGUCGAUGUCAAAGACCGUUUCUGAUGCUAUGUUUAUUUAUUUAUUGUACUAUAUGUACUGUAUAUCAUGGAUGCAUGGGAUGUAUAUAUUUUGGAGUGGCAGAAGCAUAUUUAUCAGUCUUGAACUAGAGAAUGUAAAUGUUUUAGUUGCAUUAGAAAGUAUAUUUUAUAUAGCUGUGGUAUCGAGAGCUGCAAGAACAGGAAAGCAGGAACGUCCAUCUGUCAUAUUGAUGAUGUGUGGCAAACUCUGACCAUCCUGAGGUCCACUGUCUCUACACUCCCACCGUGUGUGUCUGUAUGUCUGUGUGUGUGUGUGUACUCGUUAAAAUUGAGCACGAGUUGAUGCUUUCACUAGCGUUGAGUCUCUGUAUCAGAUCGUUGUUUAGGGAAUGUUUCUUGUCCAGACCUGACCAUCCAUGUGAUGUCUCAUCUGAUGCUGCAGUUUCUAUGGAAUUAAAAUAUGUAAACAAAUAUUUGUGUGCUAUCUCCUUCCUGUUACAUUUUACAUAGCUAAAUAAUUCACUCUUUUAUUGAUUGAUAAUUUGAUCAGUUAUUGACUGUGUAAUGGUCAAGUCUUUGUGUUUCUUAUAUUUCUGUGGAUUAUACAGAGGCGCAUUCGUAGACAUUUUGUCCAUCAUUCAAAGAAAAAAAAUCUUAAACCAGACCUGCUGGACUAUGAGGCUGUUGUCAUGGAAACAGAUGUAGUAACAUGAACACUACCUAUCUUUGUCUGAAAGUUGCUGUAUUUUCUCUUUGUCUGAAAGUUGCUGUAUUUUCUUUGUCUGAAAGUAUUUGGCUCAUGCAGUUGAUGGUUGAUGGCAGUGAUGGUUGGCAGUUGACAGGUUUAUAGUUUCUGAUGUUGUCCACCUGUAGUUACUCACCUUUUGGUCCUCUUCAUCAAUACAAAUUGAUUCCCAUACACUCCCAGAAACAACAUGCUGUUAAACUAAACCAUUCCUUGUCACUGGGUUGGUACUCUCAACAUUGUAUUAAAACCUCCCAGGUAAAUACAGUUAUUUUAACUUGCUGUCAUUUCUUUGCAGUGUGGUGAUGGGAUAACAAAUUGAAGGAAGAGGAAUGACAGAAUUUAUAAUACAUGUUGUGAGAUUUGACGAUUUAACCUAAUCAUUGGCAUCUGAUCACUUUUAUGACAUUGUUUUUUUUUACUGUAUUGUUUAAGCAUAUAUAAGAAUCCUUUGAUGGAUGCUGCCCUCUGCUGGUUAGGAUUAACCCUGCAAUUUUUUAUGUGCUCCUUUUACAGUAAUAUAUAUUCUGUAGUAGAGUAUUCUCACCAGCCACUUUAAUAGGAACACCUGUACACCUAAUCAUUCAUGCAAUCACCGAAUCACCUCAUAUGGCAGCAGGGCAAUGCAGCUACAGGUCCAGAGCUUCAGUUAAUGUUCACAUCACAGAGUGAGGAAUGUGUGACAUGGUUGUUUUAUAAUAAUUUUAUAAAACAAUUUUAUAAUAUAUGUAAAUGUAUAUGUAUUAACAUAUUGAGUUCCUACAAUAAAUAAUUAAUAAUAUCUUUGAAAUCUCACUGGCUUAUAGAAGAAGCCUUUAUAUAUUACAGCACAGUGGAAUUCUUUUUAGGGUUAGAGCACAGGUUUAGCUAUGACAAAGCACCCCUGGAGCAGAGAGGGUUAAAGGCCUUGCUCAACUGCGGUAGCCUGGUGGUACUGGGGCUUGAACCACAACCUUCUGAACAACAAUCUAGCGCCCACUUAACCACUUGAGCUACCACUACUUUGACUGCUUCACUACUACUACACCCGGACUCUCUCAUUGUUCAUGUUCACCAGACUACUGAUUACACACAGACUACACACUUUAACAGUUUAUGCAGACUCUAAACAUUCAUGUCAAGUGUUUAGUAUUCAGGUGUUAGUCUUUCAGGUUUUACCUUUUUUUUUUUUUGAUAUUUUCUGCUCUAGUUCAUCCUGUUUGUUCAUUGUUUGACCUUUGACUGUCUUUCAACCAUGUUUUUGGAUUACAUCUUUGAUUGUUAGCCUUGACUAUAAAGAUCACUGUGUACCUGCACUUGCAUCCUUAACCGUUUCCUGGGAGUAGGCUAUAAAUCAUGUAUAUAAAUCUCUUUUGGUUUGGGGUUUUAAAAACUUAUAGCAUGGACACAAGGGUCUGGUGAAAUGAUGACCCGAGUUACACUGUCUUUAAACAUCACGAUUACAAGCAUACCUAAUAUCUUUCUCUCUUUUUCUGUCUUUGUCUGUUAAGCUAUACAUCCCACUGCCAAGCUCCCAGUGUUCUGAGUUUCCAGUGUGACCACUUCUUCUUUCCAGACCUGCCUGAUCCAUCCAGAUGCUCUACCCCUGGUUGGAGUCUCAUCACUUGGUGGUGCUCACUGCUGCUGAGGAUAGAUCUGAGUGAACAGCUAGUGACCCAGGGGACUGUGGACAGAACCACUUGGAGACCAUCACUCCAUCCCUGAACUGCCGUUGCAUCAGUCAGCUUGUGGAAGGAAGUCCAAAAUGAACUCAGAAACUACACUGACCUAUUAGUUCCUCAAGAGCUCUUGGUUUCUGUUGCAAAAAGGACAUUAUUUACGUUUACAUUAUUUAUUGUCCGGUGUCACCCAAAUAAGGAUGAGGUUCACUUGAAGGUUUCUUCCUCAUAUCAUCUCAGAAAGUUUUUUAUGCACCCUCUAAAGCUGCUUUGAGACGAUAUCCAUUGUUAUACAAAUAAACUGAAUUGAAAAUGAA